AUGUUUGAAUAUGUAACAUAUAAACUAUCUGCUUCUGGUUCCGAUUCCAAGAUUGUUUUAACCUUAGCCCUUCUCACUCAUACUAAUCUGCAUGUUCGUGUAGAACCGGAGUUACCUUCUGGACAGACGCAAGCUGCUACGGAAUCUUUGAAAUGGCGUACAGAGAAGUUCUCCAUUCUUCUUCUGAAGAUGAAUCUAGCAGCAAUGAUGACAUUUGUUGGAAACGAAGAAAAUCAGAUAUUCGAGCCUCACCAAUGAAAGAGGAUUUCAGUGUAAAUAUCCCAAAGAAACCAUAUAGAAAAAAUCGAAACUGUGUUUGGGUAAAUGUUAUUAACGAAUACAAAUUGGAU